AUGAAAUAUCACGUUGCAAUACUUAAUUUUAUACCUUCAUUAACAAUUAAAGAUCGUAUGGUAUAUGCCUAUGUUGCGCUUGGUUAUACCUCAGAAAAUACUUUAUGCGUCAUUAUGAGCAAAAUCCACUCUGCAGGAUCAAGGAUUUACAUUGCAAAGGCAUCUAAUAAGGAAAUUACUGAAGCCGAUUGUACUGCGUUUGCUAUGUUUUUAGAGGAACUGAAAGAAGACUAUCAAAAUGCUAGUCCUCAAUUAUGCACUGCGCUAGACAAGUUUGCAGAGAUAUCGUUCAGCGAAAUCAAAAUCUAUUCCUCGGCUUACUUCCUAUCUCUAUGA